GCGAUGUAUGGCUCAUCGUUGAGAAGGUCCGCCAAGGUUGCUCACGCAGAGUGGCAAUCACGAAUCACAUGUGAAGUAGUCUCCAGUCCACCUCCACAGAUUUUGCAGGAGGUAUUUGUAGUCAGGUGAAAUCUCCUGUAGGCAAGAGGCACCCGAACAUCAUCUCCCUCCUCCAUUAGGAACCAGGUGAAGAAGGACAUGUGAAACCAAUUAUACAAUUCCGGUUAACAAAUCAAUAUCAAAGAUGUGGUUAGCAGUAAGUACAAAGUAGUUAACUGUUGGCUCAGAAUCGACUAAUCAGUUCAGACUAUAACCGAACGGAUUUCCAACCCUAAUUGCAAAAAUUAUAACAAUCAGAAACCAAUCAAGCUCGUAGUAUAUAAUUUUUGUUUUUAGAAAGUUUUGAAGAAAGAUAAUUAAAGCAAAGCUAAAAACAAUGACAAGAAAGGAAGGACCUUAUAGUAGCACGUAGACCUAACUCUUCCACGGUGUCGUCUCAACAUCAAACGCACCGUGCUUCUGUUUAUUGCUAGGUGAAAUACAAGAAACGGGAGCAGAAAAGUAAAGGCUUCGCACUCACAGUCUGAAAUUUUUUCUCUAAAACCCUACCGGAAAAUGUGGCGAAACCCUGUUCGGCUGAUAGGAAAGGGAAGAACAACAUGGCCAGGGAGGCAGCUUUCAACGGCGGCUCCGGAGUCUUCAUAUCCAGGACCAGGCUACGCCGCAAGACAGCCGCGGCUGUACCGAAUAUUGUCGGCCCUGGGAGCCACCGGCGGGACGGUGACCAAGGCGUUGAACGACUACCUGAUGGAAGGAAGAGCCAUCAGGAAAAUCGAGCUGAUGCGCUGCGUUAAAGAGCUUCGGAAGUACGGCCGCUUCGACCAUAGCCUCGAGAUAAUGAAAUGGAUGGAGAAAAGAGGGAUCAACUUUGCCCAUGGCGAUUUAGGAGUGCGGCUGGAUCUCAUCUGCAAAACCAAAGGGAUAAAGGAAGCUGAGAAUUACUUCAACGGACUGCCGGAUUGGGGGAAGAGUACACCCACUUACGGAUCUUUACUCAACUGCUACUGCAAAGAGCUGGAUUCAGAGAAAGCACUCCAACUGUUCGACAAAAUGGACGAGCUGCAGUUGAUCAAAAACUCAUUGCCUUUCAACAAUGUGAUGUCUCUCUACAUGAGACUCGGCCAGCCCGAGAAGGUCCCCGAUCUCGUGACUCAGAUGAAGCAGAAGAAUAUCGCUCCCUGCACUUUCACCUACAACGUAUGGAUGCAGAGCCUAGGUCAACUGAAAGACAUGGAAGGAGUCGACAAGGUGCUCGAAGAAAUGCAAGGAGAAGGAGAAGACAAGACCGACUGGACUACUUACAGCAAUUUAGCUGCCGUCUACAGCAACGCUGGCGACCUCGAAAGAGCCAGAUCAGCUCUCAAAAUGCUAGAGCAGAAGAUCGAUUCCCCCAACCGCAAUGCGUAUCACUUCCUCAUGACACUCUAUGCUGGCACGGGGGAUCUUGACGAAGUCCACCGAGUGUGGGGAUGCAUCAAGUCGACUUUCCAUCAGGUCACCAACUCGAGCUACCUGGUGAUGGUUUCGGCCCUUGCGAGGCUGAAAGAUGUCGAGGGUGUGUCGAGGUUGUUUGAAGAAUGGGAAUCUGUCUGCUCGACUUACGACAUGAGGAUCGCAAAUGCCGCUAUAAAGUUAUAUCUGGAGCAAGGGAUGUAUGAAGAAGCUGAAAUGGUGUUUGAUGGGGCGACGAAGAGAACUCAAGGGCCUUACUUCAGGGCUCGGGAGAUGAUGAUGAUCUCGUUCCUGAAGAGGCGGCAGCUGGACUCGGCAUUGCAGCAGAUGAAGGCAGCAUUCUCAGAGAUCGGGGUGAACAAGAAGCCAUGGCUGCCGGGUCAGGAGACUGUGGCGGCUUUCUUUAGCUUUUUUGAGGAAGAGAAGGAUGUCAGUGGAGCUGAGAAGCUGGUCAAGAUACUGAUGCAGAUCGAGCAGUGCGAUUACAAUGUGUAUAGCCAGUUGCUGAAGACUUAUGUAGCUGCUGGCGAAUCGGCUCCUGGUAUGCGUGAGAGGUUGGAGGGAGACGGCAUCGAAGUAGAUGAGGAACUAAAGAAGUUGCUUGAUAUGGUAGAGGCUGCGUGAGUUCGAAGAAAUCUUGAGAAUUGAU